UAGAGCUGUGGUGAAAAUUGACUUUUCGGUCGAAGCAGGUUAUGGGAAUGAACAAACAGGUUUUAGGGCAAUUGGGUUAAGGUCAGGAAAAGAGUUAGAGUAAACUAAAAUGCACAAAAAAAUCUACUUUGACGUCAAUUGGACAAAAACUGUAUCCCAUGUAGACAUGACCCCAGUUCGGUUAUAAAACAGAUAAGGCAAAGGUUUAAAAACUCUAUGGAUAAGGCAAACGAGAGGGGACUGGGUCCUUUUCGCACCAGAAAGUGGUGUGUCGUCAUCACCCUGCUCCUCCUUUCCAGUUUGUGGUGGUGAAACGUGGAGGUCCGCAACGUGGCUUGGAAAAACAUUCUGCAAAUCUCACUACAACACCCACACCAUUUAUAAUGGAGUACAUGCAAGCUCCUGCUACAAGCAGCCAGGGGAACAUCCUGUGCUGCACCUGUGGCAUCCCUAUCCCCCCAAACCCAGCCAACAUGUGUGUGUCCUGCCUCAGGACCACAGUGGACAUCUCUGAGGGAAUCCCCAAGCAAGUCAAUCUGCACUUCUGCAAGCAGUGUGAACGGUACUUGCAGCCUCCAGCCUCCUGGGUGCAGUGUGCUCUGGAGUCCAGGGAACUGCUCGCCCUCUGCCUUAAAAAACUGAAGGGCAACAUGACCAAAGUGCGUCUGAUCGAUGCUGGAUUCCUGUGGACGGAACCCCACUCCAAGCGGAUCAAGUUGAAGGUGACCAUACAGAAAGAGGUGAUGAACGGAGCCAUCCUGCAGCAGGUGUUUGUGGUGGAGUUUGUCAUCCAGGGCCAGAUGUGUGACGACUGCCACCGUGUCGAGGCCAAGGACUUCUGGAACUCUGUGACCUGA